AGUACUUAGUUUCUUUUUCAGAUCAACUGGUUUUUUGCCCGUUUUUGACCCCUUCUUUCACAUUUUUAUUUUAAGCGUCCUUGUCUUAUAUUCUUGGGCAGACACAUCAGUACCUGAAGCUCGUGGGGAUCCUGUCCUACCUUCUGACUCCCCAUCAUGAUUGGGUCUCGUGUUUUGUAAUCUCAGGCGGGGGACUGGUGGCCACCUUGGGGUUCUAUCUGUGGGACUCCUGGGUAGUCUGCAGGCACGCCCCUCCAGAUGGGUUUUGUUUUUGUUCCCGCCAGGAGUCCCGGCCUGAAUCCAUUUUGGGUGGUUCUUAGCUCUGUCCUAUGUGGCGCCAUUUUCGGCAAAAGCCGAAACCCCCUUUAUUGCUGAUGUGGCUUUUUCAGCUUUCCAGUGUUGUUUCUGGGGCUUCCCUUUUCUUAUACGUUGGUUAUCCAUUUAUUUUUUUUUUCCCUGCAGUGCUAGGCGUUCUUUAGUGGGAGGACUUUUCAAGUUCACAGACAGUAACAUUGCUGGAAAUGGAAUUUUGAACACCCGUCCCAAGUGAUCCAGCUCAGGGCAGGAAGUUGGCCUUCCAUCUUGCCCAAGACUGGAAACUGCAGGUGGAAAAUUCUUCCCCACCCAGUUCUACAGGCCCUUGGCCGACGAGUGGGCAUGCCUGAGCUGUCAGGCUAAUUCUUAGGAAUGUCCCAGGUCGGUGCAACCUCCUUCUCCGUGCUUCCGCCAGGCCUUUUCAGGACAGCAGGAAAGAAGCCCUCCCCGCCUGCACUCACUGCCACGUAGACCACAGUCUGAGGCCUCCCCGCCAGGCCAGGUCAUGUGGGACCUGGGUUCAAACCCUGCCUGUGUUUCUUAAUUCUGGUGACUUUGGACAAGUGACUUUUUCCGUCUGAAAGUAGCCUCAGUAACCACUGCAACCAUAACCACCACAGCAAAGUUACUGAAGCAAUCCCCCUGGGCAGAGUUUUGCUCAUUUAAGAUCUUUUGCUGAUACAGACAACAAGGCAGCGAGGAGCUCUGGAUCAUGUCCUCACUCCCCUGUGUAGGACGGGUUCUGAAGCAGGUCGCCAGGACCAAAGGGAUGGGAUUUAGGUUCCUUAGGAGACGGGCAGCUGCUGCCAGCUUACACUCCUGCCACAGCAUGAGAGUGAACCUGUGUUGUCGCGUGUACCCCCGCCUUGUGAAAGCAAACUUCUUGAUUUUUGUCAAUCAUGGAUGCAGUCUCACCUGAGUUUUAGCUCGGUCUCACCUGUGUGAGGUCAAGCGUCUCUUCAAAUAUGCACAAGCUAUUUGAAUUUCUUUUGCCUCAAAAGCUUUUGCAAGCUCCUCAGGGCGAGGUACCAUGCUGAACACUAAAUGCACCUCUGUCCUCAGCAUUUCACCUGGCUGCAUUUCACAGGUGAGGGACGGAGGCUCACUUCCCGGAGGUCACGGGCUGGGUGUAGAAGUCAUUGUGACCCACAGCUGCCUCUGUAACCCAGUGGGAGUCGACCUUCCCUCUCGUUCUGAUGCUCUGGACACAAAGACAGGGCUGAGGUCUCAGGGAGCCUUCUAGAGACAGGAGUCCCAGCAGGGUGAGCUUGAUGCCCCCUGGGUCUCAGCUCUUGGCUGUCCCUGGGCCACUCCUUUUUCCUGUUUUGACACUGGCUCAGCCAGGCCCGGAGAUGGGCUUGACAUCUUAAUCCUCCAGGCAGGAGCCAUGAUGGAGGAGUCUCCAUUAGCUAACCCUCCUGCCAACCCGCCUCCUUCCCGCACACACACCCACUCCGCCUGGCACCCAACAUGGGGGCUCCUGAGCCUCAGCACCCUGCCUGCAUGGGGAAGGCCCCCACUGGGGGACCCACAGAGACCCCCCCACCUCUCCUUCCAGACAGCAGGUCUGGUGGGGACCCCCGUUGCUUGCCCUGGGCUGGGCCCUGGCUGCCACCGUAACUCUCAUAAAUCAGGGGGCAGAGGGGGUGUCGGAAAUGGGUCUGUGGAAUGUCUGGACGAGGGGCGUGCCCUUAACUCUUAGAAGGACGAGAUGCAGGGCAGUGGGAGCUGGCCUGCCUGGGUCUGAGGACACAGGAGAUGAGCUGGUGGAGAACACGGGGUCCUUCGUGCCCGAGCAGUGGCUGGCAGCGAAGAGGUUAUUACCCAGCCCAGAUGGGGGAUAAAGUGAGGGCACUGGGCAUCCCCACCUUCAGGCCCUGCCGUCACAAUGGCCCCAGGAAGAGUCCUGCUCUGCUCUCUGCUGCUCCUGUCGCUGCAGCCGGGCCUCGGCAGGGGCCCUGGUGCUCUUGGGUCUCUGUUGGUGGAGGGAGCAUUCUCCGGGCCAGCUGCAGGUGAGAGGACCUGGAGGCCACAGCCAGGUGCCCGCCUGCGCCGAGCCCCGGCCGGCCCCUGCCAGUUGUGGAGCCUGUCCCUGCCGGUGGCGGAACUGGGCCUGGGCUACACUUCGGAGGAGACGGUCAUCUUCCGCUACUGUGCUGGCAGCUGUCCCCGAGGUGCCCUCACCCAGCACGGCCUGACGCUAGCCCGGCUACGGGGCCAGGGCCGAGUGCAUGGUGGCCCCUGCUGCCGGCCUACCCGCUAUGCCGACGUGGUCUUCCUUGAUGACCACCACCGCUGGCAGCGGCUGCCCCAGUUCUCGGCGGCUGCCUGCGGCUGUGGUGGCUGAGGGUUCCCAGCCUGGGGCCCUGCCGCCACACCAGGGGUCUGCUGACUUUAAAUUUAUUAGCGACUUAGAUGCCAAGAGGAUGAGAAGGGGGGUGGGCUGGGGCUGUGAGCAAAGAACACAAUAAAGGAAAUUGCUCCUGG